AUGACAUAUAGUAACGACGAAGUAGGAAAUUGGGUUCCUUGGGUAGGCAUGGAAUUUGAUUCGGUGGAGGAUGCUUGGAAUUUUUUGUUACAAUAUGAAGGGAAAAUGGGAUUUAACGUUCGUAAGAAUUAUGAGAACAGGGGCAAGGAUGGACAGGUUCAUGAUUUUGUAUCUGAACACAAUCAUGUACUUCAUCCACCGAAAACUAGCCACUUGUUGUCGUCGCAGAGAAAAAUUUCUGAAAUACAAGCCAUUGAUAUUGAACUUGUGGAUGAUUCAAAAAUUCGUCCUAGAGCAGCUCAUGAGUUCAUUGGUGCUCAUGUGGGUGGAUCUUCCAAUCUUGGCUACACUCAUCAAGACCAUAAAAAUUAUCUACGAAGUAAGCGCCAUAGAGAUAUGAUGUACGGGGAAGCAGGAAGUUUAUUAAAAUACUUUCACUUACAAACAGUGGAGAACCCUUCAUUGCAACACUCAAUUCAGUUGGACUGUGAAGAGAAAAUAACAAACAUAUUUUGGGCUGAUGCAAAAUUGCUUAUUGAUUAUGCUGUAUUUGGAGAUGUAGUUUCCUUUGAUACUACCUUUUGUACAAAUAAAGAGCAUAGACCACUUGGUGUAUUUGUUGGUUUUAAGCAUUUCAGGGAGACAACAGUUUUUGGUGCAGCUCUUUUAUAUGUAGAAACAGCUGAAUCUUUUAAAUGGUUAUUCGAAACAUUUAUAGCAACACAUGGCAACAAGAAGCCGAAGACUAUUUUCACUGACCAAGAUAUUGCUAUGGGAAAGGCCAUUUCAGGGGUGAUGCCUGUGUGUGGCAUGGAUUAUGUACUUGGCAUAUUACAGAAAAUGCAAUCAAGCACAUAUUACAUGACGGAUUAG